GCCUGCUAACGAAUCAUUAGUUGCCACAUCAGCACGAUAACUGAAGUCUUUGUCUUUUUCUCAAACGCGACGUCGUUUCUAUUCCCUGACACAGAGAUACGUAUAGAUACACCGUAUAUUCACUUUAUUGCUCCUCUCCUCUUUCUCACGAAGAAGAAGACGAAGCCCAUCAAAUUAAACAAGAAAAAUUCCAUUUUCCUCCAUUGAUUGUGAGUGAGAACAAACAUUUAAAGCUUCUUACUCAAAGUUUCUUUCUUUAUAGAUCUCAAAAAAUUCGAUAUUUUUCUCGAUUCAUCCGCCAUUAAGGUUUUAUUGCGAGAUCGAAGAGAGAAGGAGAAAAUGACGCAUAGAGUAGAUCAGGAAUAUGAUUAUUUGUUUAAGAUUGUGUUGAUUGGUGAUUCUGGUGUUGGGAAAUCGAAUAUCUUGUCGAGAUUCACCAGGAAUGAGUUUUGCUUGGAAUCUAAAUCCACUAUUGGUGUUGAAUUCGCCACCAGAACUACUCAGGUUGAAGGAAAGACCAUUAAGGCCCAGAUCUGGGACACUGCAGGUCAGGAGAGGUACAGGGCGAUCACAAGCGCGUAUUACAGAGGCGCAGUGGGUGCACUUCUUGUCUACGACAUUACUAAGAGACAGACCUUUGACAAUGUUUUAAGGUGGCUGCGCGAACUGAGAGACCAUGCAGAUUCCAACAUUGUGAUCAUGAUGGCUGGGAACAAAUCCGAUCUGAACCACUUGAGAUCCGUUGCUGAGGAAGAUGGUCAAAGUUUGGCUGAGAAGGAAGGUCUCUCUUUCCUGGAGACAUCUGCUCUUGAAGCAACAAACGUCGAGAAAGCGUUUCAGACCAUCUUAGGUGAGAUCUACCAUAUCAUAAGCAAAAAGGCACUGGCUGCACAAGAAGCAGCAGCAGCUAAUUCUGCAAUCCCUGGGCAAGGAACUACGAUUAACGUCGAUGACACAUCUGGAGGCGCGAAACGAGCAUGUUGCUCUUCUUAAACUAAAGGUAAACUGUUUAUUUCGGUUGCUCCUUGUUCAGAGAUUCAAACUUUUGUUUUCACUGGCUUCUCUUCUUUUCAAGUUUUGGCUGAUGAAACGUAACUAUGCAAGACUAUGUAGAAUACUCUGUUUUUAUUCUCUUCGGUUUGGGGUUUGUGUUCAGUUUAAAGCUUGUUAGUAGUAUACUUAGAAUCUUCUGGUGCUUGCUUGCUUUCCCUUCUUCUUCCCUUGGUGUGUUUCUAUUGAUUUCUGGUUUAUAAAGUAUUUUUUCUAUCUCCGGUUUAGUCCGGUUCGUCUUGGCUUUGUUUAAUCAAAUCAUUGAUUCCUCUCUUAUCAAUGUAUUGUAUCCGGUUCCAAAAUCCUCUCUUCAUGUUACACACUGACAAGCUUCUACCAAAGAAAAUAAAUUUUAGUAUUACGAAAGAAAAAAUUGUUGACAAACUAAUUUUGCUCCAUCUAUUAUCACAAAUA